AUGGAUGAUGCAGAAGAUAAGAGGCUGAACUUGAACGACACCGUAAUUUCUGUUGGCAGCGGAAGUGGUGGCAAUCCGCCAGCAGGAGUAAGAGGCAGGAGGGGCGAAUUUCUGGAUCUAAACGAUGCACUUGGAUUGCCUCCAGAUGAGAAUAUUGACAUUAAGGAUGACUUUAUCAUUGAGGACGACGAGGAGUCUUUAAAGGCAGCAAAAUGGAAUGUGAAAUUGACUCUGCGUUCUCAUCUCGACGCUAUUCGUGCAAUGCAGUUUCAUCCAGUUGAACCAGUAUUGAUCACAGCUGGAGAGGAUGGGACUGCAAAGCUGUGGAAUCUUGACGGAGCCAAGGAGAAAUCGGGUAGGUGUCAUUACUCUAGCACGAGGGUAGUAACUCAUUUCCUUCUGUUCCUAAAUAAUAGGGUGGGCUGCUCACGGAAUUUUUGGGGAAGGGAAGCGAUAUAA